AUGGCUGCGCGAAAUCUGGAUGCAACCAAUCAAAAGUUGGACCCACAGGUAGGUAAAAAGGAUGAUGACAUGGGGUUUCCGUAUCCAAAGAUGUUCAUCUCUAUAUCAGGGCUGAUAGGUGCUGGAAAGACGACCUUGGCAGAAGAGCUCGCCAAGGAGAUGGGAUUUCCUGUUUACUACGAGCCCGUUGAAGAUAACAUCUAUUUGGAAGACUUCUACAAAGACAUGAAGACGUAUGGCUUCCCCAUGCAGGUUUACCUACUCAACAAACGUUACCAACAGCACCAGCAAAUCAUCUGGAGUGGAGAGGGCGCCGUACAGGAUAGAUCCAUAUACGAAGACGCCGUCUUUGCGCGCAUUCUUGUGAAGCAGGGGAACAUGUCGAAGCGCGACUAUAAGACCUACACCGAUCUAUACAACAAUAUGAGCAAGUACUUGACACACCCAAACUUUCUGAUUCACUUAGAUGUCACACCCGAAGAAUCCUUGGAAAGAAUCAAGGAAAGAUCACGCAACUGUGAAGCAGGAAUACCCCUUUCUUAUUUGCAGGACCUCUACGAUGAAUAUAACAUUUUCCUUGCCGAGAUAUCCAAAAGAAUCCCAGUAAUACGCAUAAGGUGGGCCAACUAUCGCAGCGCAAAGGAGCUGGCCAUGCGCGUGUAUGCCGAGAUGAAGAAACACCAAGCCAUCGUAGACGUCCCGUUCGACGGAACGAUGACAGCUCCCAUUCCUCAAUCUUCUUCCAAUUUCUAUUAA